ACUGUAAACCAUUCGUCUGCUGUCAUUUAGCCUUUUCUGCAACUACAAGCACUGAUGUUGAGGCGCCAUGACAACUACAUUCCCCAUGAGCCUCCGCGUUCAUGUGGGUGAAGAAGGCUAAACCGCUGAAGAGUGCGUGUCCAGCGCAAGCGAAGUGUCGCUGUCAAGCAGGAAUCACCCAAAAUAAGGAAAAUCAUCCAGUGACUGAGAGACGAGGGAGACAGUGAUGAUGUUUGAGCUGCCAACAUACUAAGUUCCCCCGAGAGAAGACACCCGAUGAGAUAUUACUGCAACAUUACUGAUUCCGCAAUGGAAGACAAGGCAAAUGGCUCUGUUGACACCAAAAGCCCAGUGGAGAAUGGUCAGAUGCCGGACCCUGCCAACUGGGGAGUCUCUGAUGUCGUCAACUACUUCAAAGCCACAGGGUUUGAGGAGCAAGCCACGGCUUUUCAAGAUCAGGAAAUUGAUGGUAAGUCUCUGCUCCUGAUGACACGUAACGAUGUCCUGACGGGGCUGUCGAUAAAGCUCGGGCCAGCACUGAAGAUCUAUGAGUAUCACGUAAAGCCGCUGCAGACUCAACACCUGAAAAGUAACGCGUCGUAGCACGACGGGCCAUCCCAGCACUCACCUCAGUGACAAUCAUCAUGUCAGGCGAUCCCAGGUUAGCUGCUGCUUCACAGGCUCCUCUGGCCACAGUGGCACCUUAAACAAGACUUGAAUGGUUUUUACAAACAUGGAGCCCAGCAGUGGGUUGAACAUGGGAGUCUACUCAGUUGUUUACCCUUUCACCCAUUCUUAUUUCUGCUGCUUGAAAUAUGUAUUUUAUUGUGUGUGUGUUAUUUAAAAAGGAUAUUUGUGGGGGACAGAAUACUUUGCAGGUAUGAUGUUUUUGUGUGCGUGUGCAUUUGUACAUAGUUUUUUCGUGUGUUCAAACUGACUUAAUCAAUGUUGUUUAAAACGGUAUUUGUAAAUAAGAUGAUAUAGUUGAAAACUGUAUGUGUUGUCAUACCUGAACCCUUGGAUACAUGCAGAAAACUGAUCUGAUGAGUCCCAUUUUUGACCUGAAAUAAUCGUGUCCUCUAAACUGCGCAGCGGAAUCUAUGAUUCAUCCUCAGCAUGAAGUGUUUUAUUUCCCCAGACUCAAGGAGUCACAAAGCUAGGCUCCAGUCUCUAAACAUAAACAUAAACAUAAACAUAUGUACAGUAUAUACAGAUAUAUAUUCUUAAUAUGUUCCUACAUGUGGUGCUUUCAGUAUUGUUACACUGUCACAGCUUUAUUGAAGUGUGUAUGACCAAUGUAGAUGUGCAACAUAACACUGGAGUUUGAAUACCUGAGUCAGACAUUUGCAAUAAAUGGUGCUCCUUUCUCACCAAAGAAUAA